AGAAAACGUGAAGAAUUUUUAUUAUUAUGCACGAAAAACUCGGAUAAUUUGGGUAAAAAAUUAACAGAGUUUGCAAACAUUAAAAAUGUGGGCUAGUCGGUGUGAAAAUUCGUAAUAAUACGACUUAAAACUCUCAAAGAAGUGUCAAGAGUAGAAGAAAAUCUUUUAAUGAGAAAACAACAACACCACCAUUGUGUGUGUUGUUGUUAUGUGUGGUGAGAGGAGAUAUCAAGAUUUGUUAAAAGCAGCACAGAUAUGGAGGAAGAAAAAUGAUUUAAAGUAUUUAAUUAUUGUAAAAAAAAAUGAUGCAAAAAUAAUAUAAUCGACAAAUCAAUGUUCAAAAGGAACCAAUAGGAAAAGAAAAAGUGACGAAUAGUAGACAAAGAAUAGUGAGUCCAGCGAAAGAAGUGACGUCAAAAGAUUUCAGAUUUUUUCUUUCAUUAAAAACUAGCUGGCUGGCAGAGGUUGGGUGUCGAAAUCCAUCCAUCUAUCCACAUUUGAAUUGAAUCAUUUCGUGGGGAGCAGCGACGAGCUAAGCAAAAAACCAAUCAUGACCGACUGCAGCAUGGAUACUUUGCUGAGUAGCAUGGCCAGUAAAUUUAAUAGCGAGUGUCCCAGCAAUGCUGAGGUCGAUUUAAAGGAUGAUAAGACAUUAAAAUGGCGAAAUUUAACGAAGAAUCAAUUUGCGUCCAAAGAUAAAGAUAAGAAGCCCUCGGCGAAAGCAAUGCAGAGCAAUAACAAUAAUAACACCUCCGAUGAUAUUGCAACAGCCCAAAAAGAAGAACAACAGCCCAAAGACCAGCAGCGGCGGCAGCAAGACGUUAAAAAAGAGCAGGCAGACCUAGAAGAGGAAGCGGAGGUAAAAGCCCAAACUAAAGAGGCCGAAAAUAUCGAUAAGAAAAGUGAAAAUUGUGUAAAACCAACUGAAAAUCUAGAGGAAUCGGUAGCAGCGGAGGUGACUGUAGACAAUGAAAAAGCCAAUAAAUCAGGAAACACUGAAAUGCAGCCACAGCAGCUGUCCCACAGUGAGACCAAUGCAAAGUCCGAACAAAUUAAUAAUAUAAAUUGUGCUUCGAAAAGCAGCACAAGUUGUGAGAACCAUCAAGGUCAUCAAGUCUCACCGUCAACUUUUUGUAGUUCUACAACACAGCAAUCAAACGAUAAGGUGGAGACACUAAAAUCAACCACCAGCCCAGGAGAAACACCAAAGUCAAUAAAAAAGGAAGAGACUUCAAGUAAAAAUAACGCUAACAGCGAAGUUAGCACUACCCCUGAGGACAGAACCCCUACAACAUCCACUAACAAUACUAACAGCAUUGUUUCGUCAGAUAAACCAUCACAAUCGGCAUUAUCAUCAUCUAACAGCCAUCAUCAACAACCACAACAAGUUGUUGAUGUUACAAAAUCUCUGAAGGACAAUGCAACAUCACCAUCUGAAGCCGCCGAUGAUAAUUGUCGGAAACAAAACAAAGAUAUCGACAAUACCAGCAGCAGCAACAAAAAGCCAUCGCUUGAAGAGAGCAAAGAGGGAGGCAAAAGCACUGAUGCUGAGAGUGCUUGUAGUGGCGACAUUGUCGGCAACGUCGACAGCGAAGUUGCUAUAACAAAAAAUGAGAGUGCGCAUACACAAUUAGCCAAGAAAAUUGAAAACGUCGAUGCUGACGAAGAUGACGUUUUGGCCGACAACAAAAACAACAAAGACAAAGAAAAACUUCCAGCUGCUGCUGUUAAUAAGCAAUUAAAAAAUGUUAACGGUAAAACUACUGAUGUGGGUGGUGAUGGUGGCGGUACUACCAAAGGUGCUAGUGGAGUUGGUGUUAGUGAUGAUAAUACAACAACCACUAGUGUUCUUGACAAAGACAAAGGGGUGGCGCUGGUGGUGGAUGAUAAUAAAGCAGCAGCAGAACCCAGCAAUGAUGCCGACAGCGCUGUCAAUGGUGAUAUUGACUGCGGUGGUAGUGUCGCUGUUACUGGCGGCAGCGUCGGAGGGGAUUUUAAAGGUGCAAAAAAUAUUUCAUCUGGCGACAAUGACGAUGUCGCUAUGGCAACCAUUGAAUUGGACACAACAUCAAAAACAGAAAGCAACAACUCCUCACCAGAGCAGAAUAUUUCAGUAGCAGAAAAAGACAUUUCCGAAAAAACUAAUGUGGCCCAACAAUUAUUGAUUAAACGUGGUCGUGGUCGAUACAAGAAAACAUCGACCAUCGAAAAUGAGGCGACCACCCAAUCCACCAUUACACCAGCAGCUACAAUGACUGCGAGCGGUGAGUCAAAUGUGGAGAUGCAAAACUCGCCCACAUGCCACGAACGUAAAGUUGGCCGGAAACGUAAACAGUUGGACGAUGAAGCGGAAACCAAUUUGCUUGCAAACAGCAGCAAGACAGAUGAAGAUGAAGGCAAACCCAUGAGAAGAAGUGAACGAUUGUGCAAUCGUUUGGAUGGUUUUAAAAUUUUGGAUGAUGAGGCCCAUAGCAUUCAUCACACAGAAGACUCGCCGACACGUAGAACAUUACGCGUACACAUAGAUGAGAAAACUCCGCCGAAAAAACGCGGUCGCAAAACCAAACUACAAAUUGAAGCCGAAAAGAAUAGCUCACAUGGCCUCAACGAUCAUAUUGUCGAACAAAUGUCCCCCACUACGUCCGCCGCAUGCAAUAACAGCCACUUCACAUCAGGUAAACGUGCUGGUGAAUCGGUGGUUCUUCCCAAACGAUCUCAAAGACGCAUAAAACCCACAACAAAAAUCUUGGAAAAUGACGAAUUGCGUUAUGAGUUUGAAACCAAGAAUAUUGUACGCAUGACAGCACAGAACUGGGAGUCGCUUGAACAAAAUGAUAGCACACCCACACAUCAAAUUGUUUCCGCAAAUGCUGCUGCUACCAGUGGUAGCAAGAUGAAGAGCGAAAAAUCAGACAAUAGUAACGAUAGUCCCUGCUCACAGCAGCAGCAACACCCCACAGGAUCCAGUGCUAUAAAAAAGAAACUUUUCACAAAAGUACGCAAGGAAUCGGAGCAGGCUCGCAAGCGUUGUCCCGACAUAGAGAAAUUUAUGCAAGAAAUAAAAACAGGCAAAUGGAAUACAAAUCGUUCGCCAGAAGAUAAAAAGCUUAGCAAGAAACAACAACGUAAGCUGGCAAAGCAAAAGGAGAAACAUUUCGAGAAGUUGGGUCUAAAACGCAAUGGCAGCGAUGAGAUUAGUGACAACGACAGUCUCAGUGACAAUGAGGAAUUUGUGCCCACCACACGAGUGCAAGUGGGUAAGCCUAGUGUCACACUGAGGGUGCGCAAGGAGUCAACACCUCCGCAACCCCAAACCAUACAACAGCAGCAAACGAAAAACUUGAAUACCUCCAACACAACACGAAGGAAUCAACGGCAAAAACAGAUAUCGGAGAAGGCUGUAGAGAUCGAUUCCAAGCAACUAAGAUCAAUAAAUGCUUCCGUUAUAGCUCAAAAUACUACCACGCAAGGUGGUGCGGCUGCUGCAGCCAGCACCACCACAACAAACUCGAAGAAUUCCAACUUAAUCUGCUUGUGUCAGGCAAACUCCAAAUACUAUACGCCCAAAACACCAGAGACUCAAUACUGUUGUGCCAUUGACAACAUCGAUGAUCUGAAAGUGGGCUGUUCCAAUCAACUGAGUGGUGAGAUACUGCAUCUUUUUCGCCCCAGUCAAAGAGUGGGUUAUUUGGUGCUUUGUGAUGAUCAUAAAAGAAGGCUGCAUACUCACAACUCUUGUGCUGAAUGUGGCAUAUUCUGCACACAGGGUGAAUUUGUCUUAUGCAAAAAUCAUCACUUUUUUCAUGCUUCAUGCGCCCAGCGCAUAGUACUCAGCUCCAAAUAUGAUCCUCAACAACCUGCCUCGAAGAAUACUAGUCGCACUUUGGUUUUAAAGUGCCCGCACUGUGGCAUUGAUACGGCAGAAAGAACAACUACCAUAACUAUGAAAAGUCAUACUGUGCCAAUAUUUUCAUCUUCGCAACGGCCCCUACUGCCGCCCAACAGCAAUAGGGGCAGUGGAGCAAAUGCCAGCAACAAAAAUAAGCCUUUGGCCUGGUCCAGUGAGACAUUCAAACCAAAUACUAAAAUUAAUUAUGAACACCUAAUACCAGAGUCUGUGAUGAAUGUGGUGGCCGCAAGAGGACGCUCACGCAGCUCUGUAACUGAGUUUAGUACAAAAGACAUGUAUUAUGCGGUGAAAAAUGAUGAUCUGGAAAGAGUAGCCGAGAUCUUGGUUUCAAAGUACGAUGUCACCACUUGCAUGCGCGAAAGUUUCAAUGGCACCUGCUUGCAUUUAGUUGCCAACUUUGGCACUUUACAAAUGGCCUAUCUGCUGUUGUGCAAAGGGAUUGGCACAGAUUUUAUAAAUAAAAUGGACAAUGAACUACGUACGGCGGUAAUGUAUGCGGUCAAUGAGGGCAAAUAUGAUAUUGUGAAUUUAUUUAUACAACAUCGUGCCGAUUUGGCUAUAAGGGGUCCUGAUGGCCAUACAGUCUUGCAUAUAGCUGCUCGUACCGGAAAUUUGGAAAUUGUUCAACUAAUUGUCCAUAGCUAUAAGGCCAGUAAGAAUGUAUCACAAUUUUUAAGUUUUAUAAAUGCCCAAGAUGAUGGUGGUUGGACAGCAAUGGUAUGGGCUGCUGAACUGGGCCACACAGAUAUUGUGAGUUUACUGCUGCAACAAGGUGCCGAUCCCAAUAUCUGUGAUAAUGACAAUAACACAGUUUUACACUGGGCUGCUUUGCACAACAAUGAUUUGGAUACCAUAACAGUAUUACUACAAACUGGUAUCAAUUGUAAUAUACAAAAUGUGGAAGGAGAAACGCCGCUACACAUUGCUUGCCGUCAUUCUAGUAAAAAUCUAAGCCUACUCCUUAUCUUCAAUGGUGCUGAUUUGAUGCUCAAAAAUCGUGCCGAUGAAUUGCCCUAUGAUUGCAUACCUAAUAAGAAUUCGGAGUGCGCUCGCCAUGUGGGCUUUCAAAUGCAAAUGCAUGCCUUGCACCGUCGUCGUUCCCACAUUGUUUGCGGGGAUAUUAGCAAUGGUCGCGAACUUUGUCCCAUACAGGCUUUGCGCAAUGAAAACAAUGUCUUGCCUGUAGAGGAAUCGGAUCAAAUAAUGCUGCCGGAUUUCCGUUAUGUUACCGAAACCAUAAUUCUGCAAAAUUCUGUGCAAAUUGAUCGCAGAGUUUCACAAAUGCGCAUUUGUACUUGUUUGGAUGGUUGUAUAACCUCUGAUCGUUGCCAGUGUACUGGGGCCUCCGGCCAGAAUUGGUAUACGGCCGAGGGGCGUUUAAGCUCAGAUUUCAAUUAUGAUGAUCCUGCUGUAAUAUUUGAAUGUAAUGAUGUCUGUGGUUGCAAUAAGCGUUUUUGUAAAAAUCGUGUUGUUCAAAAUGGCAUAACCAUUCCCCUGCAAGUUAUCGAAUGUGAUGAAAGUUUCAAAGGUUGGGGCGUUCGUACCAUGGUCCAUAUACCCAAAGGCACUUUUGUGGCCCUAUAUACGGGUGAGAUACUAACCGACUUGGAGGCCGAUCGACGCAUGGAUGAUACCUACUUUUUUGAUUUGGGCAAUAGUCAUUGCAUUGAUGCCAACUAUUAUGGAAAUGUUAGUCGUUUCUUUAAUCACUCCUGCGAAGCCAAUAUAGUACCAGUAAGGGUAUUCUAUGAGCAUCAGGACUAUCGUUUUCCUAAAAUAGCCUUCUUCACAAGUCGUGAUGUCGAGGCAGGUGAAGAGCUAUGUUUCGAUUAUGGUGAAAAGUUUUGGUUGGUAAAGAAUCGAUUUUUUUCAUGUAAAUGCUUAAGUUCUGCUUGUCGUUAUGUCAAUCUGCCCUUGGUCAAUGGCACCGUCAUCGAGGUGGAGGAUGAUAUGCCAGCACCAUCUUUGCCAGCAGCAGCCUCAAUGUCACAGUCUAAUGAAAUGAUCAAUGUGGCCAGAGCUUUUGGCAAUUCGUCAACAACAUUAGCAACACCACUGGUAACUACUGCCCAUGUAAAUAAUAUACCAGCAGCAGCGGCAAAACUUGUACAAAAUUUAGAAGAUGUGUCCAUAGUCAGCGUAAGUCCUCAGGUUACUUUAACUCCCAUUGUCAAAAGUGGCUCCUCAACAAAUAGCAACACCAAUAACACCGCCAAUGCCACCAAUGCCUCCGAUGGGAAUGUUACUGGGACACCUUAG